AUGCAUCGCUGGCAGGUCGGCCAGCUGGCGGCGGCCCGGCAACCGACAGCUGUGAACAGCCUUGGGAGGAUUGAUGGCUUGCACGCGUCCGCCGCGGUCCCUCACGCCGAGUUCGACUCGGAGGAGCAGAUGCUCCGCAACGCGCGAGAGGCCCUCGGCUGCACUGACCUCGUCACCCUCGCGGACUUGGGCGACAUGAGCCAGUCGGCCCUCGAGAUCCGCCUCACCGACGCGCGGAGCCUCCUUUCCCCCGCGAGCAUCGCCUCGCUCUACGCCGUCUGGCUGCAGGAGCGGACCCUCGCCGCCCUCGCCAAGCCCGACGACGAGACGAUUCGCCAGUGUGUUUGGUUCCUCUUCGACUGCGGCUGCGGCGAGCGCAUGGCCGUCGUCACCUGGUUGAACGUCGCUCUCAACGGCAUCGAGAAGUGGGCCAAGGUCAUGUCCCUCGGACGCGCGAGCGACACGCGUGCCGCCGUCAUGUUGACCAUUCGCGACCUCUACGCUGGCCUCACGGUGCUCCAGGGCCCUGCCAAUGGCCAUGUCCUGGCCCCUCUUCCCGCCGUCCGCCCCGUGACCGCCCCCUUGCACGCCCUUCAGCAGCCACAGCCGCACGGCCAGAUGGCGAAGCCCUCGAAAACUUCUUACGGCAGUCGUGCCUCGGUGUUUUCGCCCCCAGAGGAGAUGCAACUUCGUCAAGACGCAAAUGAGGUUACUUGCGCGCGAUGUCUCACCACAGGCCAUGCCACGGGAAGCUGCCCCAAGGUCCACACUGGACCCGACAAUGCUCUUGCGUCCAAGAAGCCCGAUUAUACCCUCGAGGGCCGCCUCUUCAAGCCCCCUAGCCACUCAUUUGGAGCACACCAAAGUCUGGCGUCUGAACAUGUUACUGUCUCUCAAGAUCAACACCCAGCCAGCAGCACUUCGAGCGGCCGGGCUCUCGCCAACGUAACUGUCACUAAAUCCGGAAAUAUGCUCAAGCUUAGCGGCGUUGUCAAGGGUCCGAAUUCCGAAUCCACUACCCACACCAGCUUCGAGCUGCCCGCGUUGCCUUAUGACAAUGCAUACACCCUGAAGCCGCCCGUCGACAAGAAGACCGAGGCGGAGGCGCUCCAGCAGGCUGAUGAGUUCCUGGCGCAACUCUCGGACGACCUCUCGCUCGAUGACAACAAGCGACCCCUUCCGGGCGAUGCUGACACUAUCGCAUCUCCACGGAGCAAGGGACCGGCGCGGAAGAAGCAGAAGAAUAGAGGAGCGCGCAUUCCUACCCUUGGCCAGCUGGCAGAGCCAGCCAAGCCCAAGCCCAAGGUCAAGGAGCCCGGCGAUGUGAUGGCUGUGCCGAAGGCGACUGCGGCGGCUGUCGAGACCGAACCCAAGGAUGCCAGAAAGCCCGCGGCGGCAUCGCCUCUGCGACCCUCCUCGGUGCAGGACCUGUUCCGCAACCGUGACAACUUCCGGGCCAGCCGCGUGCCACGACGCCUCACGGCAAUCGAAAUGUCGGAGGCGGACGACGUGGAGAGAGCGGCGGCCAAUGCGGCGCGAGAGCAAGCCGCCGAGGAUGAGCACACCGAGGCAGGAGCCGGUGUUCGGGUGACGGAGGCACAGAAGGGAGAAGCAGCCAAUUGA